CACAGUUUCCAGCAUGACUGACAGGGGUGUAAAUAAAAGACAGGUGUUCAGAAGGUUUGUGGAGAUUGGCCGUGUGGCCUACAUCGCCAGCGGACAGAACAAGGGCAAGCUAUGUGUCAUCGUUGAUGUCAUUGACCAAAGGAGGGCCCUCAUUGAUGGACCACUCUCCGGUGUGAAGCGCCAGGGAAUGCGCUUCAAGCAGCUUCACUUGACAGACUUUGUCAUCGGCAUCCCACACUCCGCACGUAACAGCACAGUGAGGAAGGCAUGGGAGAAGGAAAACAUCACCACCAAGUGGGAAGAAACCAUCUGGGCUAAGAAGCUGGCCGCCAAGCAGAGGAGAAAACAGAUGACCGACUUUGACCGCUACAAGCUCAUGCGCGCCAAGCAAAAGAGGAAUUCUAUCCUGACAAGAGAGAUGGCCAAGCUGAAGAAAGCAGAAGCAUCCGCCAAGUAAAAUAUCUUGUGGUUUACAUGUUGCAUUCAACAUCUUGUGACAAAACCUUUGUGAAUAGUGCAGUCAGGAAAUAAAAUAUCUUCUGAAUGCAA